AUGGCCGAGUGUUUUCUGUGCAGCUUAGGCUGGAUUUUAAAGUACUACCUUUAUGCUUGUGCCGCCUGUUUCGGCAUCUUCGUGCUCCUAACCAUCUUCUCGAAGCUAGGCGAACGGGGCAAUAAGUUUAAGUAUUACAGCAAGUAUGGCAUGAUUUACUUCGCGACGCAAUCGUUCACUACACUCUUUGCGCCAUUUUCGCUGCUCAGACCAUGCAACAUCGAUAAUUGUAGAAUCAUUUCCACCGUUGUAGCGCGCUGUUCGAAGAUUCUUGGCAUCACGUGGGAGCUCCGGAAUGCACAGAUCCUACGCCAGGCGAAAGGUGCAAUCGUUCUCACAAACCAUCAGUCAUCGAUGGAUAUAUUGGGUAUGAUGACACUGUGGGACAUUCUUUGGAAGGUCGUACCGAUUGCAAAGCUGGAACUGCUCUUCCUGUUCCCGUUCGGACCAUCCGCUUGGCUUGCCGGAGUGCAGUACAUUAAUCGUAAAAAUCGUACCACCGCCAUGAAGGUGUUUGAUCGCUGCAAGCGCAUGAUGACGCAGGACGGUGCAAAGAUGUACAUCUACCCGGAGGGAACGCGGUAUCCUGAGCGUGGAAUGCUGCCGUUCAAGAAGGGUGCCUUCCAUACUGCAAUAGAAGCUCAAGUCCCCAUCAUUCCGGUCGUAUUCUCGCACAUGUACUUCAUCCAGUCCAAGAAACAUAUCUUCGACGAUGGACAUGUAAUCAUCGAUACGCUUGAACCUAUACCGACGGUGGGUCUCACGAAAGCGGAUCUUGAUUCACUGAUCGAACGGACGCGUAAUGCUAUGCUGGCAAGGUACGAAGAGCUUAAUCGGGAAGUUGAUGCUGGGCUGAAGAAUCCACAGUGGGUAAGGCAAGACCGACCAAGGCUGAAGGUGUACGAAGGUAAGAAAACCAACUGA